UUUAUUCUCUGUGAUUUCAAUUCAUUACGUUUUCGUAAAGCGACGCUUCGCUUUUUCCAGCUCGCGGUUUAGCUGUUGUGUGAUAGACUGAAGCUUGGAUAUUUGAGAUAUAGAAGAAAUACUAACAGGGUUUUGUUCGCUAUCCUGUCUGUUAUAUAGAGUUCAUCAGCUAUUUGAGAAUAUUUAAAGUACCAGUUAGGUUUGGCCCUGGAGAGCUACUUAGACUCCAGUCACCAAGGGGGGAUGCCUCCCAUGACACCUUCCAGGGUGGCAGGAGGGUUAACCCAAUCAUCAUCAAAUUCUGGAAUUUUUUUUCAAGGGGAUGGGCAGUCACAAAAUGUAGUUAAUUCUCACUUGAGCUCAUCUUUUGUUAACUCAUCUAGCACAGUUCCAGGAGCUGGUCGUUCAAACCUUGGUCCGGUUUCUGGUGAUAUGAACAAUGCAAUUUUGAACAGUGUGGCAAACUCAGCACCUAGUGUCGGAGCCAGUUCUUUAGUCACAGAUGCAAAUUCUGCUCUCUCUGGUGGCCCCCAUUUGCAGAGAAGUGCCAGUGUUAACACAGAUUCAUACUUAAGAUUACCUGCAUCACCUAUGUCAUUUACUUCAAAUAAUAUCUCUGGAUCAAUGCUAAACUCAAUCUCCCUAGUAAGAGAUGAAGUGGAAGCUUCAGCUCCGGUCAAGGCAAACACCCUCCCAGCUAUGGUAGAUCUAUCACCUCUUGGGGAACUCCUGGAGAAACAACAACAACAACAACAACAACAACAACAACAACAACAACAACAACAACAACAAAUGCAAUUGAGGCAGCAAUUACAGCAACAAAUGAUGCAGCCCUCUCCUGCUGUCAAGCAUCCAUAUGACAGUGGUGUUAGUGGGGUAUGUGCCCGUCGAUUGAUGCAGUAUCUCUAUCAUCAAAGGCAACGGCCAAAUGAUAAUACUAUUGCCUAUUGGAGAAAAUUUGUUGCUGAAUAUUACUCUCCUCGUGCAAAGAAACGGUGGUGCUUGUCAUUAUAUAGCAAUGUUGGACAUCAUGCACUUGGUGUCUUCCCCCAAGCAGCUAUGGAUGCAUGGCAGUGUGACUUAUGUGGUUCUAAAUCUGGAAAGGGAUUUGAGGCAACUUAUGAAGUAUUACCUAGACUUAAUGAAAUCAAAUUUGGCAGUGGAGUGAUUGAUGAACUUUUGUUUCUGGACUUGCCACGUGAAAUUAGAUCUCGUUCAGGUGCGAUGAUGUUAGAAUAUGCAAAAGCAGUUCAAGAGAGUGUAUAUGAGCAGCUUCGUGUUGUUCGUGAAGGUCAACUUCGUAUCAUAUUCACUCAAGACUUGAAGAUAUUAUCUUGGGAGUUCUGUGCAAGGCGCCAUGAAGAACUUCUUCCUCGAAGGCUGGUUGCACCUCAGGUCAACCAAUUAGUUCAGGUAGCUCAAAAAUGCCAGAGUACAAUCGCUGAAAGUGGGGCGGAUGGGGUUUCUCAGCAAGACUUACAAACUAACAGCAACAUGGUAUUGACAGCUGGGCGUCAGCUUGCGAAGAUUUGGGAGUUGCAAUCUCUAAAUGACUUGGGCUUUUCUAAAAGAUAUGUGAGAUGUCUGCAGAUUUCGGAGGUUGUCAAUAGCAUGAAAGACCUAAUAGAUAUCUGUGCAGAGCACAAAAUUGGGGCAAUCGAGAGCUUGAAAAACUAUCCUCGACUUGCAACAGCCUCAAAGCUCCAGAUGCAAAAGAUGCAGGAAAUGGAACAUAUAGCAAAUGUUCAAGGUCUGCCAACUGAUCGAAACACACUUAAUAAGUUAAUGGCAUUGAAUCCUGGAUCUAACAAUCAUAUAAACAACAAUCAUAAUAUGGUUAAUCGUGGUGCUUUGAGUGGGUCAGCCCAAGCUGCUUUAGCACUGACCAACUACCAGAAUCUUCUCAUGAGGCAAAAUUCUACGAAUUCCAGCCCUGGCUCACUUCAGCGAGAAGGUUCCUCUUUCAGUAAUUCAAGCCCGAGUCCCUCUUCUGCUCUUCAGGGAUCUGGCCCUGCUUUAAUUCCAGGUUCAAUGCAGAAUUCUCCUCGUAGUGGUUUUCCAAGUCCCCAUCUAACCCCACAGCAGCAGCAGCAACUCCUUCAACAACGCACAUUAAGUGCAAAUAGUUUAUUGCAACAAAAUGCUUCGCAGGGGUCCCAAGGAAAUCAAGCUCUACAGCAGCAGCAAAUGAUCCAGCAAAUGCUGCAGGAGAUGUCAAAUAACAAUGGGGGAAUGCAACCACAAUCUCUUGGUGGACCCAAUGCAAAUGGGAAUAUGGCGAAGAAUGCAUUGGUUUUUGGGGGGCAUACUCCAACAGUAAGCGGAGGAGGUUCUGCAAAUGUUUCAGGAAACAAUGGUCCCGUUUCAAGGAAUAAUAGCUUCAAAACAGUUUCAAACGGUGAUUCUUCUGCAGCUGGUGGCAACAAUGGAUUCAACUCGAGAACAUCUGAGAUGCCACAAAAUCUGCAUUUGCAAGAUAUUAGCCAUGAGUUCUCGGAUAACCCCUUGUUUAACAGUGAUCUUGAUGAUAACAUGGGUUUCGGCUGGAAGGCAUGACUAACACAACUUGGCCAUGUUAUUGCCGUAUCUUGUUUAAGUUUUUUUUUUUUUUUUUUUUU